CAUAACUACAAACCAGUAACCGAUAGUUUCUUUCUUUUCGUUUCAAUGUCCUUUCCACUUCUCUCCUCCCUUCUGAUCCCUCAAAAUCUCCUAACGCUCCCUCACUCUAUUCUCGCUUCUUGCUUCGUUUGAAUUGUUGGGCUCCCUCUGUUGCGCCUUCCUCCAAUUUCUGCUUUUUUUUUCGGAAUCUCGAGGGAGGAUGGGGCUUUUGUCUGGGAUUUUCCUGGGAAUCGCCUUCGGGAUUGGGCUCAUGGCGGGAUGGAACCAUAUGAUGAAAUACCGCAGCAACAAGCGAGUUUCAAAGGCAGUUGACAUGAAACUGCUUGGAACACUCAAUAGAGAUGAUUUGAAGAAAAUUUGUGGAGACAAUUUUCCUGAGUGGAUAUCUUUCCCAGUCUUUGAACAGGUGAAAUGGAUGAACAAGAAACUGGGCAAGCUGUGGCCCUAUGUCGCUGAUGCUGCAACUAUGGUGAUUAAAGAAUCCGUUGAACCAUUGCUCGAAGAGUAUAGGCCCCCUGGGAUAACGUCAUUGAAGUUUAAUAAGUUUUCCUUGGGAACCGUUCCACCAAAAAUCGAAGGUAUUCGCGUUCAAAGUCUCAAGAAAGGCCAAGUUACUAUGGAUAUAGAUUUCCGAUGGUGUGGUGACCCAAGCAUCAUUCUUGGGGUUGAAGCUGCACUAGUUGCUUCCAUACCGAUUCAGCUUAAGGAUCUCGAAAUGUACUCUGUAAUUCGUGUCAUCUUCCAACUUUCUGAGGAGAUACCUUGCAUUUCUGCUGUUGUUGUGGCCUUACUUUCUGAGCCAAAACCUAAAAUUGAAUACGUAUUAAAAGCUGUUGGUGGAAGCUUGACUGCCAUUCCUGGUUUAUCAGAUAUGAUUGAUGAUACAGUCAAUUCAAUUGUGACCGAUAUGCUUCAGUGGCCUCACAGAAUUGUUGUUCCGAUUGGUGGCAUACCUGUUGAUACCAGUGAACUGGAGCUUAAGCCUCAAGGGAAGCUGACGGUGACAGUAGUCAAAGCGAAUGAUUUGAAGAACAUGGAAAUGAUUGGAAAAUCUGAUCCUUAUGUUGUUCUACAUAUUCGACCGGUGUUCAAGGUCAAGUCAAAUGUAGUGGAGAACAAUCUUAAUCCUGUAUGGAAUCAGACAUUUGAUUUGAUUGCUGAAGAUAAGGAAACUCAAUCACUUAUUUUCGAGGUGUUUGAUAAAGACAUUGGACAAGACAAGAGGCUGGGUAUUGUGAAGGUACCACUCAUUGACCUGGAAGCAGAGUCUUGGAAAGAUAUGGAGUUAAGACUUAUGCCGGCGCUUGAUAUGUUGAAGGUUAAGGACAAGAAGGAUCGUGGAACUCUUACGAUUAAGGUGCUGUACCAUGAAUUUAACAAAGAGGAGCAGAUGGCUGCUUUGGAAGAGGAGAAGAGGGUCCUGGAAGAAAGAAAGAAACUGAAAGAAGCUGGAGUGAUUGGGAGCACCAUGGAUGCACUGGAUGGAGCAGCGUCGAUGGUGGGCACUGGGCUCGUCGGUGGUGUUGGUCUGGUGGGGAGUGGUAUUGGGGCUGGAGCCAACCUUGUCGGAAGCGGGGUUGCAGGAGGGGUUGGGAUGGUUGGGAGUGGGUUUGGAGCCGUGGGCAGUGGGCUGAGCAAAGCUGGCAAGUUCAUGGGGAGGACAAUUACAGGGCAAUCCAGCAAGAGAAGUGGCUCUUCCACUCCUACCACUCUGGAAAAUGGCGGCGGGGCUAAGCCGCUGCAGUAAGGUGUGGGUGCGUCCGUGCUUGCUCUCUUUUGGCUUGUAAUUUUCUUCGAGUGAGUUUGCUUUAGAAAAUAUGCUACACUAUCUGCACAGAAGUCCCAACUUCUAUUUGAUUGAUAUUUAUGUGGGUCGAAUGUUAGUUUUCAACUGUAUCUUCUUCCCUUUGGCAAUUUUUUCCCCCUUCAUAUUUUCAACAGACUACGUAUAUAGAAAUAAACUACCCGAAUUCUUCCUGUGAAUCCAUG